CGUGGUCAGUCACAGCGGCGGUAGCCCAUGAGUCGAGGUGCUACAUUGAUUCUACAUUAAGGCUUGAAAUUAGUCCUCAUGGCAACAGAGACUGUGGAAAAGACAAGUGAAGAUGCUCCAGCACCUGGAAAGGUCAGCACCAGGUUUGACCUGGAGAAGGAGACUGAACUUCGGUUUGAGGUGGAGGCAGGAGAGGCAGCAGAGCAAGUAGAGCUGGAGCUCCUCUCAGGAAUGGCUGAGGUGUUUGGCUCAGAGCUGAACCGCAACAAAAAGUACACAUUUGGACCCGGCUCUAAGAUUGCAGUUUUCACCUGGCAAGGCUGCAGUGUGAAUCUUUAUGGGAAACCAGAGGUGGCCUAUGUGUCCAAGGAUACCCCCAUGCUGCUCUACCUGAACACACAUGCUGCCCUGGAACAGAUGAGAAAACAAGCAGAGCGGGACAAUGAGAGGGGGCCAAGGGUGAUGGUGGUGGGACCUACAGAUGUGGGGAAGUCAACAGUGUGCCGGCUCCUAUUAAGCUAUGCUGUAAGGGUGGGCAGGAGGCCAACAUUGGUGGAACUGGAUGUCGGACAGAGCGGGGUGUCUGUACCCGGGACAGUGUCAGCACUGUGCAUCGAGCGCCCAGCAGACGUCGAGGAGGGUUUUUCAGUUCAGGCUCCUUUGGUCUACCACUUUGGCUCUACUACCCCAGGGACCAACAUCAAACUUUACAACAAGCUGACAUCAUGCUUGGCCGAGGUGUUUUCCCAACGCUGCGAGGUGAACAGAAAGGCCAGCGUGGGGGGCUGCAUCAUCAACACUUGCGGCUGGGUGAAGGGCUCUGGAUACCAGGCUCUGGUCCAUUGUGCCUCUGCCUUUCAAGUGGAUGUGGUGCUAGUGCUGGACCAUGAGAGGCUCUACAAUGAACUCAAACGAGACCUCCCUCACUUUGUGCGGGUUGUGCUUCUACCCAAGUCCGGGGGGGUGGUGGAGCGCUCCAAGGAGUGCCGGCGGGAUACCCGGGAUGAGAAGAUCCGUGAAUAUUUCUACGGCUUCCGUGGACUGUCCUUCUACCCUUUUUCAUUUGAAGUGCGUUUCUCAGACGUUCGCAUCUAUAAGAUCGGUGCACCAUCCAUCCCAGACUCGUGCUUGCCACUGGGAAUGUCUCAGGAUGACACCCAGCUAAAGCUUGUACCUGUGACACCAGGGAGAGACCUCACAUAUCAUGUGCUGAGCGUGAGCAGUGCUGAGGAUGGAGAGGAAGGUACUAGAAAGGGUAUAGUGGAGAGCCCUGUGUGUGGCUUCAUUGUGGUGACUUUUGUGGACACGCAAGCACAGUUAAUGAAAGUGCUGUCCCCAGCGCCCAGACCACUGCCCAGACACACUCUGCUCAUAAUGGACAUCCGCUUUAUGGACAUGAAAUGAAGUAACACUUCAGGGAAGACCGAUUGGUCGCUAAAGAAGUGGGGCUCAUAUUAGAAAGGAGUUCUUCUCAGAGGAAGUUUGUACCAGGGGAGCUGGAUUUUGUUUCGUAUUUGUCUUGUAUGCGCUUUGAAUGGACUACAGAGGACAGGGAUAAAGGUUUAAAUACUGAAAUUGGUCACUGCUGUAAAUUGCACCCCAUUUUAUAGACUACACUGUACAGAUGUUUGGGCAAUUUGUGGCGAAAGAAUGUUUAAUCAUUAUUUUCUGAUAAUCUGUUUUAUAAAUGUUUUUUUUCAUGAGUAAUAAACGUUUUAAAUGUAAAAAGGUCUAUGUUUUGUAUUAAUUAUAGUAAGUGCCAUAGUCGUCAUAUUUUCCUAUCCUACAUAGGCGCUGUGUAUCUGUUCACGUUUAUUUGCAUCUGUCCAGUCCUUAAUGGUCUGGUUACGAAAAACAGAAAAACAUUUGUGUGCCUGUACGUAAUUGCAAUUAAAUUCUAACCAACAUUAAAUUUCCAUAGCUUUUCCCAGGUUUUUUACUGCUGAAGAAUUUCCACAAAGCCUCAUCCAGCAGUGCAAACAUCAAAUUGAAUGUGCCUGUAAAGAGCGAAAUGUGUGCUGCCUUCACUGUUAUAGACAUCCUGUACUGGGACUAGUGGUGGAAUGUAAUUAAGUACACUUACUUGCACACUUACUGCACUUAAGUACAGUUUGUAGGUACAUGAAUAUUUACAGCUACUUCCAGCUGUAGUUACAAGUUGUUUUACAAAUUAAGAUUUUACAUACAAAGCACAUAAUCGUGUCAAAUGUGAAGCAUUUAUAUAAUUGUUUAAAUUUACCUCGUCCUGAAAAUAUUAAGAUGCAGAUUACAUGUUAAUGCAUCAGUUAAUAAAUAUUUAUGAUAGAUGGAACACUCUUUAUAGUGCCAUUUUGUAUAAUGAGUACUUUUACUUUUGAUAGUUUUGCUAUUCAUACAAAUUGCUUACGUAAAAUUUUGAAUCCAGGAUUUUUAUUUGUAAUGGAAUAUUUCAUACUUUGGUGUUGCUGUUCUUACCUAAGCCAAAGUAAAAUUAUGCUUCUUAAUUCUUUUUCCACCACUACAAAGGACGCUAAACAGACAUACCAGUAUGUCAGUGAAUGUUUAGGAGAACUACAACAUGAACUCAUUUGUUUGUUCUGUCAACACCUGCCAACUCGUACUGGAGCUCAUCAGAUAUAUAUUCUGUUUUAAUGUUUCACAUCAUUAAAAUUACAUUGUUUUUCCAAACAGGAACAAUGUAAAUGAGACACAACCUACUGGCAUACAGUAAGUUUUUUAACUCUUUGCCACAACACUGCAUUUAUACACCUCAUAUAUAACAUAUUAUUUACAUAAAUGCAUCACAUUAACCUGAUACAAGCGACUUGUAGUAUAUUUCUUCUUUGUAUUUAUUUCUUUCAGCUUUAUAUUGCUUAGAAUCCUUUGUUUUUGACAUUCUUGUAUUUGUCUGGAAAUGCAUAACUUUUUAUUGAGGCCACUUUAUGAGUGCAUUUUAUUGAUUAACAUGUUAAGUUUUUUAUUACUAUAUCCU